AUGGGAAAAUUCAUGCAUGCGAUUCAGUACGAUAGCUAUGGUGAAGAACCUUCUGACUUAAAGCAUGUUGAAGUUCCCUUACCCAUUCUUAGUAAGGAUGAGGUAUUGAUUAAGUUGGAAGCAGCUAGUCUAAAUCCAUUUGAUUGGAAAGUGCAUAAAGGCAAGUUAUGGCCACUUUUUCCUCGCAAGUUCCCGUAUAUACCUGGCAUGGAUAUAUCAGGAGAGGUCAUUGAAGUUGGUCAAGGAGUCCGAAAGUUCAAACUUGGAGACAAAGUUGUAGCCCUUGUUAACCCCUUCAGUGGUGGAGGACUGGCUGAGUUUGCUGUUGCUAAGGAGAGUGUCACUGCAUCAAGAGGAUUGGAAACUACAGCAUCAGAGUGUGUUGGCUUGCCUGUAGCAGGUCUGACAGCACUCCAGGCAAUCACCAAAUCUGCAGGAAUCAAACUUGAUGGGAGUGGAAAAAGGAAAAACAUUUUGAUCACUGCUGCAUCAGGUGGUGUAGGUCACUAUGCACUCCAACUAGCAAAGCUUGGAAACACUCAUGUGACAGCAACAUGUGGGGCUCGCAACAUUGAAUUGGUCAAAAGCUUAGGGGCUGAUGAGGUAAUUGACUAUAAGACCCCAGAUGGUGCUGCUUUGAAGAGUCCAUCUGGUAAGAAAUAUGAUGCUGUGAUUCAUUGUGCAGUAGACAUUCCUUGGACAACCUUUGAGCCUAACUUGACCAUGAAUGGAAAGGUUAUAGACAUUACUCCAAGCUUUGCUUCAUUGUUGACAUUUGCUUUGAAGAAGCUUACCUUCUCCACAAAACAACUUGUUCCUUUGAUUGUAUUUCCUAAGGGUAAGGACCUCCAAUAUCUCACUGAUUUGGUCAAGGAAGGAAAGCUUAAAACAGUGAUAGACUCCAAAUAUCCUCUAGUCAAUACUAAAGAUGGCUGGGCUAAGAUUAUUAGUGGUCAUGCAACUGGGAAGAUAAUUAUUGAGUUCUAG